AUGGCGCGCAAAAUCAUCUGCUCCCUCUGGCUCUGCACUGGUGUCUUCAUCAUCAUUGCCACGCUGCUUCGCUGCAUUCUUUGCCUGCAGGAUGCACAGUCCAUCAACCUGGGCACCAUCUGGUCAAUCAGAGAAACAUUCGUCGGCAUCCUAGCUGUCAACGCCCCAGUCUUGGGUCCCUGGAUCGCCAAAAACGCCUCAGCGGUGCGUUCCCGCACCUCCAAGAACCGCUCGAAGACGGGCGGCCAGGAGUCCGCCAACCACAUCGUCACGAUUGGCGCGAAGGAGAGCACCCACCGCCUGGACCGCCUUACAAAAGACGGCCGCCGGGGUCUGGGGUGGACUGAAAUUGACAACGACAGCGAGGAGCGCAUCAUGAAGACGCAGAACGAUGUCGCUGUCUCGGCGAAGCGUUCGGACGAGGAGCUCAACCGUGAGGUCAGUCCCAACGGUAUCCAUGUCAAGACGACCUUCCAAGUUUCUGGAUGA